AUGACAGUCGCAGACCUCCUUGCGCCGCUAGAGCGUUCAGAAGAUAGCAGCGCAUCGUUGGACACCGUCUCUGCAUCGAGUGAUGAUGACUCGCUUCCCCCGCGACAGAAGCAGCCUGCGAUACCCACGCUACCCCCCAGAAUAAAACUUUCCAAUGCCGAUUCCGCAGAAGUCCACCUCCCCCCCUCCACCAAAAUCCCCGCGGUGUUCCGAGCUUCUUGCACAGAGCGGUACUCGCUCUUCCCGAUUCGACACCCCGUGUUAUGGUCGCUGUACAAGCGCCACCAGGCAUCGUUUUGGACCGCAGAGGAAGUUGAUCUCCAGCAGGAUCUGCACGAUUGGAAUGGCCUCAAGGACGCCGAACGCCACUUCCUGACUCGUGUCCUCGCCUUUUUCGCCGCAUCUGACGGAAUUGUUUUGGAAAACCUUAUCGAGCGCUUUUGCACAGACGUCCAGCUUCCAGAAGCGCGCUGUUUUUAUGCCUUUCAGGCCGCCAUGGAGAACGUGCACUCGGAAAUGUAUUCACUACUGAUUGAUACAUAUAUAGCCGACCCUGCGGAGAAGACACUUUUGUUUGCGGCCGUGGAGAGCAUUCCGUGCGUGCGGAAAAAGGCGGAGUGGGCUCUCAGGUGGAUUAGCUCCGACGCAGGGUUUGUGGAAAGGCUCGUGGCGUUUGCAGCCGUGGAGGGGAUUUUCUUUUCGGGGUCGUUUUGCGCCGUGUUUUGGAUGAAGAAGAGGGGGCUCAUGCCUGGGCUCACCUUCUCCAACGAGCUUAUAUCACGGGAUGAAGGGUUGCAUUGUGAACAUGCAUGCGUUUUAUACGGCAUGCUCCCCGCGCAUGAGAGACUGAGCGAUAGUGCGGCAAUUGAGCUCAUCAAGAGUGCUGUGGCAUGUGAGCAGGAGUUUAUUUGUGACGCUUUGAGCGUGGAUUUGAUUGGCAUGAACAAACAGUUGAUGAAGGAGUAUAUUGAAUAUGUUGCAGAUCGAUUGCUGCUUUCCCUGGGACAUGAAAAGCAUUUUUGUACGGCAAAUCCGUUCGAGUGGAUGGAGCUCAUAUCGCUGCAGGGGAAGACCAACUUUUUUGAGAGAAGAGUUGGAGAGUAUCGCAUUGCAAAUGUGAACAUUGACGGUGUAACUAUUAGCCGCAAACGAGAAGAAUUUUGUUUGGACGCUGAGUUUUAG